AUGCCUGCGUUAAUGCCUCAAACGCCUCACAAGGAUGACGUUGAUGAAACAUGGACAUUCUUGGAGAAGGGGAUCAAUAGUGUCAUGCUGAACUUGGAUCAAGGGGUGGAUAUGAAGACUUACAUGGCAUUAUACACUGCCGUCCAUGAUUUUUGCACAUCACAAAAAGCAGUUAGCAGUGGUCAGGGUCUACAAGCACACCGUGGCGCCCAUCUUCUGGGCGAGGAGCUGUAUAGGCUAUUAGGGGAGUACCUCUCGCGUCAUCUCGACGCGGUUUACAAAGAGUCCGAGAGCCAUGCCGAAGAAGCCCUACUGGUAUUUUACAUCCGCGAGUGGGACCGCUACACAACAGCCGCCAAGUACAUCAACCAUCUCUUCCGGUACCUCAACCGUCACUGGGUGAAGCGAGAGAUUGAUGAGGGCAAGAAGAAUGUGUACGAUGUAUACACCUUGCACCUUGUCAAGUGGAAGGAUGACUUCUUCUUGAAGGUCCACGCAAAGGUCAUGGAGGCUGUGUUAAACUUGAUCGAGAAGCAACGAAAUGGCGAAACGAUCGAACAAUCGCAGAUCAAAAGUAUCGUCGACUCAUUCGUCUCGCUCGGUUUGGAUGAGAAUGAUAGCACCAAGUCGACUCUGGAAGUCUACCGGUUCUACUUCGAGAAGCCGUUUAUCGCUGCUACGAGAGUCUACUACGAGAAUGAGUCGCGUCAGUUCGUUGCGGAGAACAGCGUGGUUGAAUACAUGAAGAAAGCGGAAGCUCGUCUUGAUGAAGAAAAGGCACGCGUUGGUCUAUACUUGCACCCUGACAUUACGAAACACCUCACCGACACCUGUCUGGAAGUCCUUGUCACAGCCCACUCAGACCUAUUGCGGGAUGAGUUCCAGGUCCUUAUGGACAACGAGCGUCAGGAUGAUCUGGCUCGGAUGUAUCGACUCUUGUCGCGGAUAAAAGAUGGAUUGGAUCCCCUGCGGACCAAGUUCGAGACUCACGUGCGGAAAGCCGGUUUGGCUGCAGUGGAAAAGGUUGCUGCGGACGGCGAGAACUUCGAGCCCAAGAUGUACGUUGAUGCGCUGCUACAGGUACACACCAGAUACCAGAAUCUGGUUAACGAAGCAUUCAACGGUGAAUCUGAGUUCGUUCGGUCCUUGGAUAAUGCCUGCCGGGAGUUUGUCAAUCGGAACAAGGUCUGCAAAGCCAGUUCGACAAAGUCACCAGAAUUGUUGGCUCGUUACACCGAUUCAUUACUUAAGAAAGGGUCGAAGGCAACGGAGGAAUCCGAGCUGGAGGAGAUGCUGGUGCAAAUCAUGACUGUCUUCAAAUAUAUCGAAGACAAAGAUGUUUUCCAGAAAUUCUAUUCCAAGAUGCUCGCUAAGCGUCUGGUGCAUGUCAGUUCGGUGUCUGAUGACGCGGAAACUAGCAUGAUCAGCAAGCUUAAGGAAGCCUGUGGUUUCGAAUAUACCAAUAAGCUGCAGCGCAUGUUCCAGGAUAUUCAGAUCUCCAAGGAUCUUAAUGCUAGCUACAAGGACUGGCAGGACAAGGUCCUUGACGACGACGACCGUAAGAAGCUGGUGGACUCUCAUUUCCAGAUUCUGGGAACCGGUUUCUGGCCACUUAAUCCGCCAUCGACGGAUUUCCUCGCGCCACCGGAGAUCGUCAAAACCGCCGAGCGGUUCCAGAACUUCUACUUUGACAAGCAUAGUGGUCGGAAGCUGACUUGGCUUUGGCAACUCUGCAAAGGCGAGAUCAAAGCCAACUACAUCAAGAAUGCCAAGGUGCCAUACACCUUCCAGGUGUCGACAUACCAGAUGGGCAUUCUCUUGCUCUUCAACGAGAAUGACACUCUGAAAUAUGAGGACAUUCAGAACUCUACUUCCCUUGCACCUGACAUGCUCCAACCUAAUCUUAGUAUCCUCCUGAAAGCCAAAGUUCUCCUUGCCAGCCCCGAAGGAUCCAAACCGGGCCCGGGGACAUCCUUUUCCUUGAACCACAACUUCAAGAACAAGAAGAUCAAGGUCAACCUGAACAUUCAGAUCAAAUCGGAGCAGAAGACCGAGUCGGACGAUACGCACAAGACAGUCGAGGAGGAUCGGAAGCUGUUGCUUCAGUCUGCGAUUGUCCGUAUCAUGAAGUCGCGCAAGAAGAUGAAGCACGUGCAACUCGUCCAAGAAGUAAUUCAGCAGGUCAAGGCCCGCUUCCCGCCCAAGAUCCCGGAUAUCAAGAAAAACAUCGAGGCUCUUAUGGAGAAAGAUUAUAUCGAGCGUCUGGAAGGCGACGAGAUCUCGUACAUCGCUUGA